AUGUUGUUUUCAUGGUGUUAUGGUGUUGAUGUUGCUGGGAUGAGAGGAUGCUCUGCUGUGAGGAUGUUAUGCUGUUGCAGUAGUUGUUGCAGGCUUGUUUCUGUGUUGCUGCUUGUUUGGAAACUGAAGAGUUGCUGUCAAGGUUCUGUUCAGUUGAUGAAUGCAAUGCUGUUGGAUGAUAAGAGGAGUGUGCUGGCUUUUGGUCAGUUGCUUUUCCCAGCGAUUUUUGUAGUGGAAGCAGAUUCUUGGCUGCAAUUAGAGGGUGUUGUUUUGAUGAAUGCUGGCUUUGCUGGAAUUGAUUGA